AUGGCUACUCCAAGACGUCUGCCUAACAAGCAUAAUCCUCUUAUGACUGAGGACAUCCCUCCUUAUCAUGAACUCGUUUCACGUCGACGCUUGGGCCAGACCCAAUUGACCGCGAAGAUGGUUGCAGCCGGCACCGCAGGAGAUAUCGACCCUACUAGUCUUGGGGUCUUCGACUAUGCGCAUCUGCGGGCUCCCUUGCCAAAGGGUAUCAUUUCGGGUAUCUUCAAGUCUUCUCCGAACUCGUAUUUCCUCAUGCGCCGCAGUCAAGAUGGAUUCGUCUCUGCCACUGGUAUGUUUAAGGCGACUUUCCCCUAUGCUGAGGCCGUAGAAGAGGAAAUGGAGCGCAAAUUCAUCAAGUCGCUACCUACGACGAGCCACGAGGAGACUGCAGGAAAUGUUUGGAUCCCUCCCGAGCAAGCCUUGGCUCUUGCUGAGGAGUAUCGAAUUACUCCUUGGAUCUGUGCGCUCCUGGACCCGGCUGAAAUCUCCAUUACGAGUGCGCCUGACAGCCCUCCUAAGAAGAUCGCCGCACCGCCAAAAUUCGACGCUCCUUUGCCAGCCCAGCCUCUCCUUGCACCGCCAACUCCAUCAUCACUUCCUCGCAGCACGCGCAGUCGUCGCUCAGCUAGCCCUUCAAAGAAACGAGCUGUCGCAUCUCCACGAAAGCGGGCUACGAAAGCCUCUACUCCUCAAUUACCUGCCGAAAUUCCGUCUUUGAAAGAAGAAGCUGAGCCUACUAUAAACGGCUCGAAGACGGACGAGGACGCUGAGUCUACUGCUGCCACCGAAGAGGUAUCUAUUAAGACCAUCGAAAAGGAACCCGCUAUUGUCUUCGCGCCGGCUGAAGAGGAAGCCAAGGUGCAAAUCAAGGUUGGCCAAGAAGUUGAAUUCCAUGGCGGUGUCGAAACGACACAAACUGCCGUCGAAGUGGAAAUCCCCCUCAGUGGAGAACCUGAUGUUGAAGAAGCUACUCGAAUGAUCGAAGAGGCGAAGGAGAUGGUGAGGAUCGCCGCUGCCGAGACUGCAGCGUCAUCCGGCUCGAAUAGCAAUAAGAGCAAACGAAAGGCUGACGAAAUCGCCGUCGAUGAUGAGGAGGAGGAACAAGAAGAUGAUGAAGACGAAGUAUUAGAGGAACCGAGAUCUAAGAAAGUGAAGACGGAGGUUCAGUUGAGAAAGGAGCGUGUUAGAAACCGGGCUCUCGUCGGUCUUAGCGCGACCCUCGCAGUCGGUGCCCUAAUCCCGUACGUCAUGGGCGUAUUCUAG